CUCGUGCUGUCCCUCCCCGGUCUAUAUAAAGGUCCAUGAUGCCUGCGAUGCCGGUCUGGUCUUUUCUUUGUCGGCAUCAACGAUAGAAAGCGUCUUCAGCAUUCUCUUCGACGCAAUUCCAGCCGUGGGCAGUGUUCAUCAUGGGUUUCAAUCUCAAAGCUCUUGCCGUGUCUGCCUUGGUGGCCGCCAGCCAAGCUUCUCCCCUCUAUCCCCGGGCUGGCAGUAACUCCAACGCUACCUACGCCUUCACCAACUCCAAUGGCCUCAACUUCACCCAGAUGAACACCACUCUGCCCAAUGUCACCCUCUUCGCUACAGGUGGCACAAUUGCCGGCUACAGCGCCGACAGAACGGCAACCACGGGCUACAAGUCCGGUGCGGUCCCUAUUGAGCAUCUGAUCAAGGACGUGCCGGAGAUGCUCGACGUCGCCAACGUCGCGGCCGUCCAGUUCACCAACGUGGGAAGCGAGGACAUCUCCUCAUCCAUCCUGCUGCGCAUGGCCAAGCAGAUCAACGAGGUCGUCUGCAAUGAUCCCACCAUGUCCGGCGCCAUCGUCACCCACGGCACCGACACGCUGGAGGAGUCCGCCUUCUUCCUCGACGCCACCGUCAACUGCCACAAGCCCGUCGUGGUCGUCGGCUCCAUGCGUCCGUCGACCGCCAUCUCGGCUGAUGGCCCUUACAACCUUCUGGAGGCCGCCACCGUGGCGUCCAGCCCCGAUGCUCGGGACCGCGGCGCCAUGAUCGUCAUGAACGACCGCAUUGUCUCGGCCUUCUACGCGUCCAAGACCAACGCCAACACCAUGGACACCUUCAAGGCCCCGGAGAUGGGCAACCUUGGCGAGCUCGUCUCCAACAGCCCCUACUUCUUCUACCCGGCCGUGGAGCCGACCGGCAAGACUGCCAUCGAUGUCAGCAACAUCAAGUCCAUCCCUCGCGUUGACAUCCUCUACGCCUACGAGGACAUGAGGAACGACACCGUCUAUUCGGCCGUCGAGAACGGCGCCAAGGGCCUUGUGUUCGCCGGCUCCGGCGCAGGCACCAUCGGAUCCUCCGCCACCGCCGCCAUCACCGACGUCGUGAAAUCCUCGCAGAUCCCCGUCGUCGUCAGCACCCGCACGGGCAACGGCGAGGUCCCGACCUCCAGCGACAAGUCCCAGAUUGCCAGCGGAUACUUGAACCCUGCCCAUUCGCGCAUUCUGCUGGGCUUGCUCAUGGCGCAGGAGAAGAGCAUCGAGGAGAUUCGCGCAGCGUUUGCCAAGAUCGUUGCGUAAUUUUCUUCUCUUUCUCUCUCGCUUCUUCUUUUCUGAGUCCAUAUCUUUGAUGGACCGACCGUGUAUGAUUAUGAUUUAUGUUCUGGGGGGGAUGUUUACACAUCUAGACUAUUUAGUAUAUAAAACAGGGGAGAUAAACGGGUGGUCUUGAUAUUUGUGUAUAGAUUUUUAUAUAGAUUUGACC